AUGUCACGCUCUUCCCCGGAACCCGUCCCGUCGACUUUUACGUCCGGCGAUUCCUUGAAGACCGAAUCACGCUACACCUACCGUCACCUACAGCUUCUCCGUCAAAGUUCAACAGCAACCCCUCUGCGAGUGAUCGCUCAUAUUGAUCUCGAUGCCUUCUACGCACAAUGUGAAAUGGUACGCCUUAGGACACCCCGCACGGUGCCCUUAGCUGUACGACAAUGGGACUCGCUCAUUGCGAUCAACUAUCCGGCACGAUCCUUCGGAAUAACGAGGAUGAUAUCAGCAUCAGAGGCUAAGAAGCUGUGUCCGGAGAUUGUCCUACAACAUGUGGCCACAUUUCGGGAAGGAGAAGGUGGGAAAUGGGCAUACAGAAACGAUGCGUUCAAGCGGAUGAAUACCGACAAGGUGUGUCUCGAUCCAUACCGGGCGGAGUCGCGCAAGAUCUUGAAGGUGAUGAAGGAGGAACUGUCAAGAUGGCAAAGAGAGCUAGUUGGUGGUGAACACGGAGCUGGUGCGCAAUCUCCCAUACAGCACGCUGGUCUUGAGAAAGCUAGCGUUGACGAAGUCUUCAUUGACCUGUCAUCUCUCGUGCACGGUGUCCUUCUUCAGCGGUAUCCCGAGCUACGAGCUGAGCUGCAAGGUGAUGAUCGAGUCACUCCGCUUCCUGUCCCACCUACGACUGCGUUGGAGUGGAACUCGGAGGAUUGCUUGGUCGAUCUGGAUGAGAAUGAGACAGAAGUCGAUGAUCCUGACUGGGAUGACAUUGCUAUGCUGAUUGGGUCUGAAAUUGUUCGGUCGGUCAGGGCAGCUGUUUGGGAUCGGCUCCAAUACACUUGCUCUGCGGGUGUUGCGAAGAACAAAAUGAUGGCAAAACUAGGGAGUUCGUGCAACAAGCCGAACAAGCAGACUAUUGUGCGGAAUCGUGCUGUACAACGAUUCCUCGGUGGCUACAAAUUUACAAAGAUUAGGAUGCUUGGGGGUAAACUUGGUGACCAGGUUACUGCAAUGUUUGGAACAGAACAAGUGAGUGACCUUAUAAAGGUGUCGCUGGAGCAAUUUCGCGCCAAAUUAGAUGACGAUACUGCUACUUGGCUUUAUGGAAUCAUCCGGGGAGAAGACAAAAGUGAGGUCAAUUCGCGGACCCAAAUCAAAUCGAUGCUUUCAGCCAAGUCUUUCAGGCCGAGCAUAAAUUCCGUUGAUCAGGCAGACAAAUGGCUUAGUAUUUUCGCGGCCGAUAUCUUUGGCCGCCUUGUUGAGGAUGGCGUUCUUGAGCACAAGCGCCGCCCGAAAACAGUUGCCUUGCAUCACCGUCAAGGAGCUCAGGUUCGCUCCCGUCAAAUCCCCAUUCCCGGAUCAGUACCAAUCGAUGAAGCAUUACUCUUUGAGCUUGGCAAAACACUCUUCCGACAGGUGAUGACAGAUGGACGCGCAUGGCCGUGUGCCAAUCUUUCCCUCAGCGUUGGUGGGUUCGAAGACGGUGUCUCGAAGAACCGGGCAAUAGACUCUUUCCUCCUUCGGGGUGAACAGGCAAAAUCUUCACAACCAAAAAGGGAUCUGGUGGCUGAAGAGUCGUCGGAUGCUCCGCAACCUGAUGAGAAACGCAGGAAACUGGAGAACAAUGGCAUUAAGCGCUUUUUCCUCAAGCCGCCGGAGACUGACCUACAGCCUGACCAAAAUGGUCCUGAACCAGGAGAUAUGGAAACUGAAAUUGAUGAGCAUGCAGGUUCUGUCAUCCAGGCCAAGGAGCUCUCUCCUGAGCCGGUAGAGACGUUGCCAGUGGGUUAUACCUGCAGUCGCUGCGGGAGCGUUCUACCAGAGCAUGAGAAGGGCGAGCAUGAUGAUUGGCACUUUGCCAAAGACCUGGCAGAUGAAGAACGACAGGCAUCCAGCGGCCCUCAACAGGCUCCAGUGCCCGCAAACAGACCCGGAGCAUCUAAUGCUCGUAAUAAGGUCAAUCGUAGCAAUCGGGGUAAACCAGAAAAGGGCCAGACUCGUCUUAGAUUUGGAUAA